AAGAGCAAAGUCGCGUGCUCUUGGGGUGGGAGGUUUCAAAUCUCAAUAUCUGCGGCUUCGUGCAGCGCAAAAUUCAGAUUCCGCUCCCACUCAGCCCCACUUGUCUACCCUUUUCCCACCCACAAACCAACACACUCCCACUACGACACCGUUUCACCUGGCUAUUCGGUACUCACUACUCAGUCCUCUGCUUUGCCGCCACAAUGCUAAAUGAUUCUGCUGCUUAAACCCUAGUCUAAUAACCCUUUGACUACUUCAAUCGUUUUCACUCCUCUCUGUUUGGAAUCGUUUGUGGUUUUGGAUUUUGAAGGAAUGGAAUGUGGGUCGGUGACAAAACCCUCCAAAUCGUCCUCAAAUAUAACCGAAAUCGUUUCCAGGUUUGCGAGAGUUUGCAGGUUUAGAUCUGUUGGAGUCUUCUCCUCCUCGGAAAACCCUGGUCAUAACCGCCACGAUCAUUGCCCCAGUAAUGGGGAUGUGGUGAUGGUUGAAGGCUGCAGUGACGCGACUGAGGAGACUGAGUGCAAAGCCGAGAAGGUUCAUCCUCAACCUGUUGAGGGUUUGAGCAGAAGUGGUGCAUGUGGUGGUGGUAAUGUGGAGAUUUUGAAGCUGUUCGACACUGUUUCAUCUCUGAAGCUGGCUUAUAUUCAGCUCCAGCAAGCUCAUAUUCCCUAUGACCCAGAAAAAAUCAAGGCUGCUAAUGAGCUUGUUGUUGCGGAGGUUGAAGCUCUCUGCAAGAUCAAACGAGCUUAUAAGGAGAAGAAGCAUUUGGGAAAGGUCAAGCUUGGUUCUUCCCACUCCGAGCUGAUUCAAGUGAAAGAGAAGUUGUUGGAACAGUUGAAGUCUCAAGCUACGGCCAAAGACUCUGAGAUACUGAGUUUAAGAGGGCAACUUGAGGACUUGGAUUUGAAGAAUGCGGAACUUACCGACAAGCUUGAACGUAGGUGUUUGGAAGAAGAGAAAGUUGGGGUUUUUAACCAACCUUCGUUUCAGGAUGCCUUUAAUGCAGCCUCGAAGGCAAUUCAUGAUUUUGCGAAACCAUUAAUUAGCUUCAUGAAGGUUUCGGGUUGGGAUUUGGACCUAGCAGCAAAUUCAAUCGAAGAAGAUGCGGUUGUCUAUUCCAAAAGAUGUCACAAGAAGUAUGCUUUUGAGGCCUACAUUGCCCGGAGAAUGUUUCAUGGGAUUUCAAUCCAAUCUUGCAAUUUUGAAGAUGGUACUGGGUUUGAUGACCCGGUUGGUGCCCUGAUAGAAGAUCCCGAUUCGGGUUUUGCCAAAUUCUGCAGAACCAAGUAUCUAUUAGUUGUUCAUUCAAAGAUGGAAGCUUCAUUUUUCGGGAAUUUGGAUCACAGGAUGCUAGUAAUGAGGGGCAAGCAUCCGAGGACGCCAUUCUAUCAAGCAUUUGUGAAAAUGGCCAAGUGUGUUUGGGUUCUACUAGGAAUUGCAGCCUCGGUUAAACCCAAAGCCGAAAUUUUUGAAGUCAAAAGAGGCAGUGAAUUCUCUGAUGUUUACAUGGAGUGUGUGGAGGGGGACAAGGAAGCCACAGGUGGGUUCGAUGAAGGACAAACAAGGAUCAAAGUUGAGUUCAUGGUGAUGCCUGGAUUUAGAAUAGGAGAUACACUGGUCAGGUCUCGGGUUUAUCUCUCGAAAAUGAGAUCCUGACUUCAUAUGUGCUAAAAGGAGGUGCUUGGACUAACUGGUAACUUUGAGAAAACCCUAUCACUUCUUGUUCUGAAUAUGUUCAUAUCUUUGCUUGAGUCAGGCAGGAGUUGUUAUUGGAGUUUUUGCUUUCACAAUAGAGUAUGGUGGGAUUGAACCCACAAGCUCAAAGUUUGUACUUCUUUCCAGUUCCUAGGUUUUUUAUAUAAUCCAUAAUGUAAGCUGCCAGGAUCUUGUUUAUUGUCUUUUUGAAUUGUAAAUAAAUAUCUAGUUAAUGAUGCCACAUAAUUAUUGCAUCCUGUUUCUCCA